UUCCUUUUUCUUAUCAUCUCCAUUAAGCUUUUCCAAUAUCCAAAUUACUUCCUCUGCUUUCAAAGAAAAUGUGUGGUGGUGCUAUCAUCUCUGAAUUCAUCACUCGGAACGGCGGCGGCCACCGUGUCAAUGCUUCCGAUUUCUGGCCCAACUUUACUUUGGCUAACAUCGAUGGCUUUAGCUCUGAUCAGAGUCAAUCCUACAGUGAUGACUCGGUCUGUCUCUUUAAAAGACCCCGGCCCCAAUCCUCCUCGGGUGGUGCACGAGUGGAGACGAAGGUGAAACGGCAGAGAAAGAACCUGUACCGAGGCAUACGACAGCGUCCAUGGGGCAAAUGGGCGGCGGAGAUUCGCGACCCCAGAAAAGGGGUUCGUGUUUGGCUCGGCACUUUCAACACCGCCGAGGAAGCAGCCCGCGCCUACGACAGAGAAGCUCGUAAAAUCCGCGGCAAGAAAGCCAAAGUCAAUUUCCCCAACGAAGACGACGCUUUCUCCACCCAAUAUAACAACUCAAACACUGCCUGGAAUCCCGCCCAAAGCAAUAAUCUCGGCGACAAUGGAUUCUAUUGUGACUGGAACGAACCUGGCGGGUUCUGUACUGACCCGAUCGUCAUACCUGAAGAGGAAAAUUCAGGGUAUAGCGAUCAAAACACGAUGAAUCCACGUCACCUUCCGGUAAAGGCCGAACAAGAAGAGGCAGUGAAUAAGGCCGUGUUCGGGGUUGAAGAAGACAGCCAAGUGCAGAAACUAUCGGAGGAACUAAUGGCGUACGAGAAUUACAUGAAAUUGUAUGAGAUCCCAUAUCUGGGAGGAGAACCGUCGACCCAAAAUGCCAUGGCUCAGCCGGAGAGUGUUUUCGGUGACCUUUGGAGCUUUGUUGAUGAAGAUGAUAGCAGUGCCGUCGCUUUUCCUCCGGCGUCGCUGACAAUGUGACGGCACGGCUUUGGUUUUACUCUUUCUUUGUAUGCUUUCCUUGUUUUCUUUACUGUCGCAACUUCUUUUUAAUUGUUACAUUCGUUUGAUUUGUCUUUGAAUUUGUGAAAUGCAAAAAAUAUCGCAAUUAAUUUUAAUUAAUUACUUUUUUCACCUCA